GCGCUGCUGUCGCUUCCUGUCCGUGCCCAGGUCACCGCUGGCCGUGGUUCCCAGGCUUUGGCCUCCGUUGGGCGAGGAUCCCGGGGCCUGCGGGGCUGGACGCUGUCCGGCUCAGAGCCGGCUCCUCGGGGACGCGGCCUUGGGAGGCGCAGCGGCGGGGACCCCGGGGAGGAGGCUCCGGAGGAGCAGCCCGGUCCCGGAGCCUCGGGGCAGAUCAGCGAGUCCCGCCGGGGUCUGCCUUCACUUUCACCGUCAUCCACAUCUUUCCAAGAGCAGCAGAAAAUGAAUAAAUAUCUGGGGCCAGUGUCAUUCAGGGACGUGGCUGUGGACUUCACGCAGGAGGAGUGGCAGCAGCUGGGCCCCGAGCAGAAGACAACCUACCGGGACGUGAUGCUGGAGAACUACAGCCACCUGGUGUCCGUGGGGUGUCACGCUGUCAAACCGGAAGUUAUCAUCCGGCUGGAGCAAGGGGAAGAGCCGUGGGCAGAAGGCGAGCUGCUGCUUCAGAGGGGCCCAGAAGACACCUGGAAAGUCGAUGGGAUAGAGACAGUCCAGGAAAGCGAAGACAGGCGUUCGAAGCAGGCUGUGUCCAUCAGCAGCAAAACCCUGACUGAAGAGAGGGUCAGUCUUCUUGGUAAGACUUUAAAUGUGGAACCCAACCCCGCUCCCUCCAGAGGAGCACUCUCGCAGUGUGGCUCCUGCGGGCAGAGUUGGAAGCCCACUUCCGAGUACAUCAGCAGCGACGGGAGCUACGCGAGAGCAAAGCCCGACGCGUGCAGCGCGUGCGGGAAGGCGCUUCUCCACGUGAAGCUUGAGAAAACGCACCCAGGAGAGAAAGCUAGUGAACUUAAUCAAAAUGGGGACGCUUAUACUCUGAAUGAAGACAGUAUUUAUCAGAAUAUUCAUAUUUUGGAGAAACCCUUUGAAUAUAUUGAAUGCCAGAAAGCCUUUGCAAAGGAUCCAGUUUUUGUUACUCCUAUGGAGGAGAAGCCCUACAAGUGGAACGAAUCUGAAAUAGCCUUUCUCCAGAUGUCUAACCUCAGUGUCCACCCUGCGUCUCACAUGGAAAUGAAGCCCUAUGAAUGCAGUGCAUGUGGGAAAUCCUUCUGCAAGAAGUCCAAGUUCAUCAUCCACCAGAGGACUCACACAGGAGAGAAACCCUAUGAAUGUAAUCAGUGUGGGAAGUCCUUCUGCCAGAAGGGGACCCUCACUGUCCAUCAGAGAACACACACGGGGGAGAAGCCCUAUGAAUGUAACGAAUGCGGGAAAACCUUCUACCAGAAGUUACACCUCAUUCAGCAUCAGAGAACUCACUCAGGAGAGAAGCCCUAUGAAUGUAGCUACUGCGGAAAAUCAUUCUGCCAGAAGACACACCUCACACAACACCAGAGAACACAUUCGGGGGAGAGACCCUACGUUUGUCAUGACUGCGGGAAAACUUUCUCCCAGAAGUCAGCACUGAAUGACCAUCACAAAAUUCACACGGGAGUGAAGCUCUACAAGUGUAAUGAAUGCGGGAAGUGCUUCUGCCGCAAGUCUACCCUCACCACCCAUCAGAGGACGCACACAGGAGAGAAACCCUACGAAUGUAACGAGUGUGGGAAAUUUUUCUCCCGGCUGUCAUACCUCACUGUACAUUACAGAACUCAUUCAGGAGAGAAGCCCUAUGAAUGUAACGAAUGUGGGAAAACCUUCUACCUGAAUUCAGCCCUCAUGAGACACCAGAGAGUACACACCGGAGAGAAGCCGUAUGAAUGUAACGAAUGUGGGAAGCUCUUCUCCCAGUUGUCGUACCUCACUAUCCAUCACAGAACUCAUUCAGGAGUCAAACCCUAUGAAUGUAACGAGUGUGGGAAAACCUUCUACCAGAAUUCAGCCCUUUGUAGACAUCGAAGAAUACAUAAAGGAGAGAAGCCCUACGAAUGCUACAUAUGUGGGAAGUUCUUCUCUCAGAUGUCGUACCUCACUAUCCAUCAUAGAAUCCAUUCAGGAGAGAAACCCUAUGAAUGUAACGAGUGUGGGAAAACCUUCUGCCAGAAUUCAGCCCUAAAUAGACAUCAGAGAACGCACACUGGAGAGAAAGCCUAUGAGUGUUACGAAUGUGGAAAAUUCUUCUCUCAGAUGUCAUAUCUCACCAUACACCAUAGAAUCCACUCAGGAGAGAAGCCCUUUGAAUGUAACGAGUGUGGAAAAGCCUUCUCUCGAAUGUCAUACCUCACUGUACAUUACAGAACUCAUUCAGGAGAGAAGCCCUAUGAAUGUAACGAAUGUGGGAAAAAGUUCUACCACAAAUCAGCCUUCAAUAGCCAUCAGAGAAUCCACAGGAGAGGGAAUGCGAAUGUACUGGAUGUGGGAAGACUUCUCUGAAGCCAGACCUCACACCACACCGGAGAGCCUUUCAGUGUGCAAGGCCCCGCCACAGUCGUUAGGUCCGAGCACUUGGGGGGAGCGCAGACCGGCCUCUGUGCGCCAGUCAGGCUUGUAAGCUGAAAAUUCACAGGGUAGAAACCACAGCAGCGACAAGGCUGCAUGAUUUCUUGGCCACCAGACUAUACAGGAGUAAAAUUUAUAAAGACAUAGAAUGUAUAUACAUUUCCGUGGUUUCCAACUCUUACAUUUCAGGGAAUUCAUACCAAGGGGAAGUUGUCAUUCUAAGGGAGGUGGAAAACACUCCUUUGGAAAUUGUUGAUACUAAAAGUUAUGUUUCUGAUAUAAUAAGUUUUUUGUACAAAAAGAUACGUUGUGAAUAACUGUGCUCCUUGUGUAACUAGAAGCUGUAAAAUCAGAGAGCUAACCAAGACAGCACCACAGCCACAUUAAACUCAUAUAUAAGUGUUUCCUGAGAAUGUACAACUUUAUUUGUAUGUUUGCUUUUUAGAAUGAUACAUUACAGGAGUUGUAUGUUCAGUCUGAAUCAUGUUUGAAAAGGCAGUGUGUCCUUCGGAGUAAUUUGUAAGACAUGCAGCAAGAUCCCUUAUUUUAAAUAGCACCCCCAUGUUAGUAUCUGAUAGGCUUUGUCAUUGAACUAAUAUAUGAUAGGUAUAAAGGAUGCUGCUUCUUGUAGUCUUCCCUAACACAAUGUAUUUGAUCAUUGUUAACGAACUGAUUCUUCCAUAAAGAAGUCAAUGUUUUUUAUAAUAUUAUCAACUGUAUCUGAGUCAGCGAGACAGCAGUUAUGCAUAAAGUAGAUAGAAAACCACGUAGCUAAUUUUAAAUUAUUACUGAAGCCUCCAAUAGUGAGAAACAACUGUAAUAUUCACUGAAUUCUACACAGGUUAAAAAUAGUCCCAUUUUUACUUACUUUUUUUUUCUAAUUUGUAUCUAACUUUUUCCAUCUAUUAUUAUUGGGAUGUCUGCACAAAUGUAAGUGUGCAGGCCACUGUACAAUGUAACCGAGGAAUGACCUGUAUUUUUAUUUUCUAUAAUAGUAUUUUAAACAUUGUGCUCUACUGCUUCCGGGUCCUGAGUGGAUGAACACGUUUGCAUGGGUUUGUGCAGACAUCGUUGAGUAACCUCCCUCGUCACUUGCUCCUUACUGGUUGCUGGCACAGCCUGCGUCGCCAAGUCUCCUCACGGAACGGGAGAUAAAUCCUGAUCAGUUUUGACCAAUGAUUAUCCCUCUCUCAGCACCAGGGAUGGAGUGGUCAUAGGAGCCAAUUCUAGGCACGUCUACGAAGGAGAUACCGGACAGGUUAUAUCUGGCAAAGGUUUCCUCUGAGAUUCAAGGAACCCUGAAGGGUGACAUGGGACCUGGUGUCGAACGCUGCCUGUCGGGAUGGGAGGCCUGGUCAUGUCUCCCUGCGACGGAGCGCACUUGGAGACGAGGGCCCGGGGCCCGGCUGAUGAUGCUGAGGCUGCUGAGCCAGCCAGCCACGUAGCCACGUAGCCACUUCACCUCUGGACUGUUUCUUCUGUGAAAGACUAACUUUAUUUUUAAGCAAGUGGAUUUAGGUUGCUCUGUUAGUAAUAACAAGAUACAAAGUUACACUUUUGUAGGAGCUACACAGUUGAGAACUGGACUUUAGGUAAAUCAUUUAUUUCGAGGUGUUGACAUAGAGAUUUAUUUUCUGUAAAUUUUGAUGUAAGUAGUUUGAGCAUUAGAAACAAUUAAGUGUAUGUUUCCUUGAAUUGUUACAUCGUUGACCUAAGGACCUUUGGAACCUGAUACAAUCUUCCUUUUUAUAAUUCACGACAUUCAAGAAUUGCUUAGGUUCAUUUAUAUCCCCCAUGCAUCGUUGCUACAAUGUUAGUUGACAACAUACAGAGUAAGGUGAGGACCUACUUCUGCUUGCUCCCCAGAGCCUGACACCUGUUCUGUCUGGAUAACUCGCCCCUCACCGCUGAGAUGAACGGCCGCGCUUUUCACGUGUUUCCACCAGUUGGGCACCCGUGUUGUUGUCACACUUCCCUCCGCUGCCUUCUAGGUGACUGGACUGUGCCACGGAGCAGGACCUGCAGGCCCGGCAGGCUGCAGAGUUUUGUGUAGGAACCAUGUGUUCACAAUAUGUUUGUUGAAGUGAUAUCUGCAAAGGUUUCCCACACUCGCGUGUCAUCGUCAUCGCUUAAGCGCACGGUGUGCAUUUUCAGUAAAACGUUUGAAAAGCUCCCGUGGCUGACGCCAUUCUUUCCGUCUGGCGGAGAGCCUGCAGUACAGGGGCCGGUGCGGGGCCGCCGCCUCGGAGCCUGGCCUGGUCACUUGCGAUCACGUUUGGGUACCUCUGUAACGGUUUGUCUUGGAGCUGACGGAAUGCCACG